CUGUAGAGUUCCUCCUUAUAAGUGGGCAGUCGCAAGCAACGUCAGCAGUAGGCUAUAUAAAUUGUUUUGUCAAAUCUUCACUUUAGAACUGAAUUGAAUUUCUCUCCGACAAGAAGCGGAUUCAUUUACAGACCGAAACCAUGAAUAAAGAAGAGGAAAUGAAAGAAGUAGAACUGAACGAGAUGGAUCAAGAAAAACAGCCGAUGACUGGGGAAACUCCGACUGGAACAGAAAAAAACGGCUGCGUAAAGGUGAAAGUGCCGGAGGACACAGACGUCAAAUUUACCGGCCUCUCUAAAGAAGAGCUGAUGAAAGUCGCGGGUACUGCAGGGUGGGUUCGGACACGGUGGAUCUUGCUGGUUCUGUUCUGGCUUGGCUGGGCUGGCAUGUUAGCUGGGGCAAUAGUGAUCAUAGUACAAGCCCCACGGUGUAAACCCAUUCCUGAGAUGAACUGGUGGAAUGAAGGUCCUCUCUACCAGAUAUCUAAUGUCAAUGAAUUCUCUGACAGUGGAUUGAAAGGGAUUGAUGAGAAGUUGGACUAUCUGAACCAGUUAAAGGUAAAAGGUCUUAUUUUGGGUCCGAUACACACAGUGCAAAAAGACCAUGAAAGCACACUAGAACUAACUUCUAUUAACCCAGAAUUUGGGAGUGAGAGUGAUCUGCAAACUCUGCUGGACCGAGCACAUAGAAAAGGAAUGUCCAUUGUGCUCAAUCUAACACCAAAUUAUAAGGGAAUUUCAGUAUGGUUCAACAAUGCUGCCACUGUUGCUGAGCAACUCAAAAAAGCAUGUAUGUACUGGCUUGAUAAGGGAGUGGAUGGCAUCUUCGUCUCUGACCUGAAAGAAAUUGCAAAUACAGAGGCCUGGCCAUCUAUUCAAGCUAUAUUCAACAAAACCGAAGGGCCCAAAAAACCAGCUCUGAUGGGCUCGGUCACUGAUCUCUCUGUGGAUGAAGCCUCGCUCCUUCUGAACCGUUCGGGUGUAAAUUUGUUCCUGACCGGAUUGCCUGAUCCACGGAAGACCGGCAUUAAACAAGCCAAUGAAAUACAGAAACUCUACUCCAAUCAUCUCCAGACCAGCCUGGGCUGGAGCCUGAGUGGACAGGGUUGGGGUCCUCUGGCUUCCAGAACACCAUCAGUACCUGUCAGGCUCUAUCACACAUUGCUGUUCACCCUACCGGGCACACCUGUGUUUAGUGCUGGGGAUGAGGUCGGACUUAAAAAAGAUGAAAAAUUUGAAGUAUUGUGGGAUUUGGAAAGCCAAGCAGAUGGCGCCAAUGCAACAGAAAAGGAGGAGCACCUUUCAGUGCGUGAUUUCUUUAAAGCACUAAGUGAUCUUAAAGGAAAAGAGCGAGCUCUUCUCCAUGGGGAAUAUGUCAGCAUUUACAGUUCUCCCUCUUCAUUAGCAUUUCUCAGACUUUGGGACCAAAGCGAACGCUUCAUUGUUGCCAUUAACUGGGGAAAUGAAUCUGUAACCAUGACAGUCAGCAAUGAUCAAGAUCUACCAGCUGAGGCUCGAGUCCGUGCUACCACAAAUGCAGAGAGUCUACCAAUGGAUAGCAUGGUGUCAAUACAGAAGUUACAGCUUGGGCCCAAACAGGCUGUUCUGUUGUCUUAUCCUUUUGCGGGCUAGAUACACAAAGAGAGGUAGAUAUACGGUAUAUAGACAGGGAGAGUCCAUUAUUGUCUCACAAUAGUCUCACCACUGUUUUAGUUGUAACAGGAAUACCUUUACUAAUUUAAAGGUGCAGUGUGUAAGUUUUAGAAGGAUCUGUUGACAGAAAUGCAAAAUAAUAUAUAAAACUGUAUUAUCAGGGGUGUAUAAAGACCUUUUAUAAUGAACCAUUAUGUGUUUAUUAUCUUAGAAUGAGACAUUUUUAUCUACAUAUACCGAGGGUCCCCUUACAUGGAAGUCUCCAUUUUGUGCCGCCAUGUUUCUACAGAAGCCCUUAAUGGACAAACUUUUUUUUACUAAGUCGUCUCCGAUGACAUGUUUGUCCAGUGACGGCUACCGUAGCUUCUCUAUGUGAUUGAAAAACGAGUGGUAAGCAGUGAACUGAGCCAUUGGUUGCAAUUCACCAGCACCUCACCACUAGAUGCUGCUAAACUUUACACACUGCACCUUUAACAAAACAUGAAAGGAUUAAAAAUAAAGGUGCUUCACAAUGCCAUAGAAGAACCUUUUUGUCUAAAUGGUUCUAUAAAAAACAUUAAAUAACGUCAUUGUGAAGAACCUUUUAGGCACCUUUAUUUAUAAGAGUGUCAUUGAAAUUGGGUUUGCAUAUCAGAGACCUGUUGGACUUGACUUAUAAAUAAACCAGCUAAUGAAAAUAUA